AGACAUCUGGUACGUCAAGGGCAGCUUGGCUCAGUGACUGAGCGGUUGGCGGGGCUCAGCAUCUCCCAGCAGAGACCAUGUUGGCCCCCAACUUGACCGACCCCUGGUUCCACCGCCUGGACUCCGUCCUGAGGGCCUUGAACCAGACUCUCCAGCACCCCGAGCCGUGCGCCCAAGAGAAGAACCUCGGCAGAGACGACGAGGAUGAGAAAAACGCCUACAUGUACAUUCUCUUUGUGAUGAUCCUAUUCGCGAUAACGGUCGGGAGUUUGAUCCUGGGCUAUACCCGGUCCCGGAAGGAAGAGGAUAAGCAGAGUGAUCCGUACCGAGUCUAUAUCCAGGAGCGGGUCUCCAUGAUAUGACGAGGAGAGUGGCCCGGA